AUGGCUGAUCGCCAACUUGCCAACAAGAUUGAGGAGUAUAUCGAAAAGAUCCACUAUUCUGAUCGCUACUCUGAUGACUUUUAUGAAUACCGUCACGUCAUCCUACCGAAACCGUUACUCAAACUUGUUCCGAAAGAGUUCUUUGACGACAAAGUAGGCACUCUUCGUCUACUAUCGGAAGCGGAGUGGAGAGGGAUCGGCAUUACUCAGAGCCUCGGCUGGGAGCACUAUGAAGUACAUGCCCCAGAGCCACAUGUCCUUCUUUUCCGUCGUGCGAAGAACUACGGACUCCCCACGCAGCCGCAACCUGCUCCAGCUGCGAGACAAGCCAAUGCGAGGAAAAAGUAG